AUGAGUGAUAGCUCUGAGAACCAGAAUAGCGAACCUAAGAACUCGGACAUGCCAUCCGGGGUCUCUGUGGAGAAAAAAAAACCAGAGACUAAACGGUCUAGAAGCCAGGAUGAUAUAAGUGAGGAACAAGACAUUAGCACCAAGAAGUCUAAGAGUGAUGCCAAGGAACUUGAGAACUCAAAGGUAACGCUACAGAAACAGCCAAAGCAAAUGCAGGAGACAAAGCCUGCGGUGAAUGCUCAUGUACAGAAUCAAGAAACCACCGAGCAAUCCAAAACCGUGUCUGAAAAGAACCGGGAUGAGACUAAAACGAGCCAGCCCAAAAGUGACGAAAGAGAGACCACCAAGGCUAAAAGCGCUGAAAGCAAAGUUCAAAAAGCGCUCGAAAAACCAAAAUUUGCAUUUGGCGCUUCGUCCAACUUUAGCGCUGGUUUUGGCAUUGCCAAAAAUGAUUCCGAUGAGUCCAAAAGCUCUGACACUAGCAGUGCAGCUGCAAACAAGGCCGAGAAACCAGCUGCCUUUGGUUCUGGCUUUGCAUUUGGUGCUGGCUUUCACGCCUUGAAUAAAGAUAAAUCAACCUCCAGCACCAAAGUCUUUGAAAAUGAAACUGAAAAGGCAGGUAAAGCAGAGAAAGCAAAAAGUGCGAGCUCGACGCCAACCAGCGCGAACUCUGAUGAUAAAAACAAUGGUGCUGAGAGAGAUGGUGUAGUAAAAUUGACAAAACAAGACGUGAAAUCCGGGGAAGAGUCUGAAGAGUCUGUUUAUCAAGUCAACGCAAAGCUAUAUCAACUUACUGAUCUCAAGGAGGGCUGGAAAGAACGAGGUGUGGGUGCGCUCCACGUGAACCUCAAUCGGCACACAGGAAAAGGACGCCUUGUGAUGAGAUCGCGAGGUAUUCUCAAGGUGAUCAUGAACGUCUCUCUCGUAAAAGGCGUGGCUGUGCACAAGGGAUUUCCAGCUUCUUUAAAUGGUGAGAAAUUUAUUCGUAUUGUGACUGUCGAUCACGAAAAGACGCCUGUUCAAUACGCGGUGAAGACAGGCAAAGCAGAGACUGCCACUGAAUUGCACGACAAUAUUGUCAAACUUAUUCCCUCAUAA